GGCGCACCGUCGAUGCGAUGAAUGAAGCAGUUUUUAUGCCUCUCCACAGCUCAAGAAGCUUCGGGCUCGCGUGAGAAGGAUGUCGGAGAGGCGGAGAGAAAAGGAGAAGCUUCGAGACCGCGAGAGAGAGCGAGACCGCGAGAGGGAUCGGGACCGCGGUCGCGACCGAGACCGAGAUCGAGAUCGAGAUCGAGAGAGAGACAGGGAUCGGAACAGAGAUCGAGACCACCGGAAGCGGUCGCGUUCCAGGUCCCCGUCGAGGUCCCGUUCCCUGUCGGCUGAGCGCCACCGCCGCCGCCACGGCCACCACCGGCGCUCCCCCUCCCCUGACUCCGUCCGCCGCAAGCGACGCCGGGAAGGCAGCGACGACGAUCGCGACCGCCGCCGCUCCUCCGCCUCGGAGAUCGCGGAUAGCGGCGCCAAGGAGCAGAAGAAGCAGGCCGGUGACGCUCCUAGGGGCGGGGAGGUGCCGGCGCCCACGGACGCGGACCCGGACGAGCUGGAGAUGAUGAAGAUGCUGGGGAUUCCGAUAGGGUUCGAUUCCACCAAAGGGAAGCCGGUGGAGGGAAAUGACAUGAGCGGGGUGAGGGUGGUUACGAAGCGGCAGCCUCGGCAGUACAUGAAUAGGAGGGGAGGGUUUAAUCGGCCUUUGCCUCCGGAGCGGAACCGCUAGAAUCUUGAUUACAGCCUGAAAGGGUUCUGAAACCAAGCAAGUUGUGAUAAGCUGCAAGUCUUCACUUCCCGAAUCCAGUCCAGGGCUGUGGUUAGUCAUCAUAGUAUGAGAUUCUCUUCUACCCAUCAUGUAUAACAUUUACCGCUCGCCUUAGACAUUGCUUGUUGAAACAUUAAUCAGAUACUAGAUUAAGAGUACUGCUUCAUUUCUUCUGUGCA